UGCUUAUGUUUUGAAACAGCCCACACGUGAGUUAGUAAACAACACCAGAGUGAAUGUGAACGGACGGCUAUCCUUCCUGCUCCAUGGGGCCCCGUUACUUUCCUCUGGCCCUGUGUGCCAGCCUUUUGUGUCUGUGCCAGAGCUACACGCUCAGGAGCACCGUCUCCUGGGUGGUCUCUUCCAACGACGUGGACGUGGCGGACACUGACCUGUCCGAAGAAGCUGCCCCGGCUCUGCUAGUGGAAGGCGCCGGGCUGUGGAAGGCUAACGUCCUCGGAGACCGCCUGGAGACGCCUGGACUCGGGAAGCAGGUGGAGCCCGAAAGCCCAGAGGCGGCGGAGCUGUCCUCUCGGUUGUUCUCAUAUCCCGUAGGGAAGGUGAAGAAGUCCAGCAGCACUCCUCCUCCACACCAGGAGACCGCCAGGACCGCCAGAUACAUCGCCCACUACAGCGACUGGGGUCACCUGGCCACCAUUUCCACUCAAGACAAGAUCAGAGGUAUUCCCUUUGGAAACAUCUUCUCUGUCAGUGAUGGACCACUGGAGAACAGCACUGGAGUCAUCUAUUUCUAUGUGACUCCAAUGGAUAACACUGUGACAGAUCUGAAAAGCAACCCGUAUGCCUCUCUCACAUUCUCGGAGGCCGAGGGGGACUUCUGCAGGCAAAUGGUGUAUGAUCCAGAGGACCCCAGAUGUGCUCGACUCACCCUGACAGGCAAAAUGGUGGAGGUGGCCCCAGAGGAGCUUGCUUUUGCUAAGGAGGCAAUGUUCUCAAGACAUCCCGUCAUGGCAAAGUGGCCGGUGGGACACAAGUGGUUCUUCAUGAAGAUGGAUUUGAUUCAGGUCUGGCUUCAGGACUGGAUUGGGGGGGUAUCAAUCAUCCCACUGGAGGACUACUUCAAAGCUUCGCCCUUCUGAGAUCCCACCUCGCCUUACUUCACAGCAAAAUGCAUAUCAGUUCUGCUGUGUGAGCUACAGUUAUCACUUGGCACUGUCUGAUAGCCAAGCAGGGGACUGCUGAGACUAUGAUUACAGUGUGAACUUUAUGCAUUUCUUUUCAGACUUCUGCUGCUGCAAUAGGUAAAUAAUGGCCACAUGUUUGCUCUCAAUUAUUGGAUUCAAAAGCUUCAUAUGUGAAUGUAUGUAUAGUGUUAUGUACAUGUAUUCAAGUAUUUCAUGGGUUUGGUCUUUCAAACUUCUUUUUAAAAUAAAGUAAAAUAUUCCAUUAAGUCAUUA